CACAGACAGAAAUCCAAAUCCUCUCUACAGCCCUCUCAGCCGUUCAUCCACUUAUUUCAAGAACAUUUACAGUUCAGCCAGAUAUUGAAUCUUUGUGAUCCACUUGCUUUUCCAGUUUUCUAGUUCUCUUAAAGCUGCAAGAAACUCCUGUAACAGAAAAUGCUGCCUGCAACCUUCAAACUGUGUGCUGGCAUCUCCUACCGGCAUAUGAGGAACAUGACAGGUUUGAGGAAGAAUGCCAUUGCGGCCAUUCACCAUGAGCUGAACAGACUGGCAGGACCGGGCCCCAGUAACUGGAUCAGCCAAGUCCGCCGACGAAGUUCCCUCCUCAGUUCUCGGAUUGAAGAGGAGGAGGGGUACAGUGAGGAGGAGAAGUCUUAUGUGAAGCAAGGCGAGGAUGCACUGCAGAAGGCCAUCAGCAUCCUCGGCGAACAGGAUGGCUGGACCAUUGAAAUUGUGGCUGCAAAUGGAGACAAAGUCCUGAGUAAGGUGUUGCCUGACAUUGGGAAGGUGUUCAAGCUGGAAGUGAUGUUGGAGCAACGUCCUGACAAUCUUUACAAAGAGCUGGUGGGAAAUAUGGAGCAAAUGGGGGAGUGGAACCCUAACGUCAAACAGGUCAAGAUCCUUCAAAAGAUCGGCCAGGACACAAUGGUUACCCAUGAGGUAUCCGCAGAGACACCCGGCAAUGUGGUGGGACCAAGGGACUUUGUCAGCGUCCGCUGUGCCAAGCGCCGGGGCUCCGCCUGCUUCCUGGCUGGGAUGUCCACUCAGCACCCGAAAAUGCCUGAGCAGAGGGGUGUGGUCAGAGCGGAGAAUGGACCUACCUGUAUAGUUAUGAAGCCCUGUGCUGAAGACCCAAACAAGACCAAGUUCACCUGGUUACUAAAUAUAGAUCUAAAGGGUUGGAUCCCAAAGACAAUCAUAAACAAAGUGCUCUCUCAGACGCAGGUGGACUUUGCCAACCACCUGAGGCAAAGGAUGGCUAAUAAUGUUUCUAUGGAGAUGGCUCACACCUGCUGACAUCUGCAAGAUGCCUCUUGAGCUGAGCUUUGGCAGAGUGCGCUCAGCAAUGGCAGACUAGCAACCCCUGCUCAUUAAAAAAUCAUAUCAAUCUGCUUAUAACUGCUGAAGAAAUCUGAAAAUCCAGAGAGUGUUAGGGAGAUCAGAUGAAGAUGAUGCUUGUCUGAGAUCUUAGGAAAAUCUGAGCACAGACUUUGGUUUCAAUUGGCAAAUGUGUGUUUUUCUUGCCCCUCUUAAUAGAAAAUCAUGAGAUUUUGCAUCACUGAUACCAAUCUUACACACUCUGUGCCUUGAUUGUUUCUGACAAAUUCAUUCACAUCACUCCACUCCACCUUGGCAGGCACACUGAGUCAGUGUGAGCAGUAAAACGUGUAACAAACUGCACAUUGUUUCCUUCUGAUAACACCCCAGUUAAUGUCCCUCCCUCUGCUAUGAAAUUGCACUUUUAUUUCAAUGUUUAACUUAUUGGUAUUGUGGUGAUGCAUUACAUUUCAGUGACUGCCAAGUGAAUAAACAAUUGCAAUGUCAUUGA